AUCGAUGGUUUUCGUCUGUUGCUUCACACACUGAUAAGUUACCCAUGAUUCUCCUGCCGUCUCUCUGCCGCUUAUUCAAAAAUGGAGGAGAGUGAGAGAGAAUCGGAAAGUGAGCGCUGUUCAGCACCUUCUCAAACAUCUGAACAGCAAACCACUACUGAGACCCCCGGCCAAAAGCUAGAGACUGGCGAAGAUGAUGUCGAAACUAAGUUGGAUAUCAGUUCGGAAAAGUUUGACCCCUUACUCGCUCUGUAUUCCCCGAAAGUGCCGUUGCCUUACCCGAACAUCAAGUGCUUUAAUAACAUAGCCGAAUAUGAGAGCUUUAUGAAAGGCGGUCGAGGCCGAGCGAAACCAGAAAAUGUGGAGAAAAGACUCCGAAAAGCACAGAAAGGUAAAGCAGACCCAGAGAGGAUAGAGAGGCUGAAGAAACUCAUGGUGCACAACCCGGUUGAGGAGGAGGGAGAGGGAAGCGGAGUCAAGCGACCACCUCGACAGCGAAAAGCGGCCAAAAAUGUGCUUACCAGAAUGCCACUGCAUACAGGCAGUCCAUUAGGAGAGCUCAAUAGGUGCGUCCAGGAGAAAAUCAGAGUUAAAGUUCACAUCCGGACCUUUAAAGGGCUCCGGGGAGUGUGUUCUGGCUUUGUGGUGGCAUUUGAUAAAUUCUGGAACCUGGCGAUGGUGGAUGUGGAUGAAACGUACAGGGACACUCUUUUGGGACAAGCUCUUUAUCACGAGAAAGCUCUUACUGUCACAAGGCUAUUUGAAAAACUGAAAGUUCAAGAGACUGUGGCCCUCAGUGCGGUUGAGAGGAAAGGAGGAGAUAACCUCUUAAAGCCAGACCCACACAGUAGCCGAGACCAAACCAGGAGUAGAACCGACCCCAAACAUACCCAGGAACUCUCUGAGAAAGACAGGAGUACAUCAAAAGUGACACAACAAUCUGAAAGCAAGCCUAAAGUAAAGUAUGGGAGAGUGCACACGCGUCAUGUCAAUCAGCUUUUUAUACGAGGAGAAAACAUUCUUCUUGUAAACGUACAACAGGACUAGAUACUGUCCUUAUGAAAUAUUAAAGUGUAAAUAUAAUUCUCCAUGAAAGGUUUCAUAAUAUGAGUGUAUCAUAUUGAUAUGUAUAUCAAUAGGUAAAAGGAAUGUGCUAAUGUAAAAAAAAAAAAAAAAAAAAAAUUCUUAAUGUUCCUUGAGAAAAUCCUUAAUUUUGUUUGGUUUAUGAGCUGAUGUCACAUACUGAACACACUAUUUGUUUUUGUUUUGAAUGACCACUAGGGGGAAGUAAGACACUGAUUCAAAUUUAGCCUUAUUUUUGUUACACAUUUUAUAAAUUUAUCAUUGGGGAAAUGGAAAUCUAUUUAACAAAUCAUUACUGAUAUUCAUUUCACUGCUUGGUUAAAAUGAAAGUAAUUGAUCAAUCUCACUAAAACUCUAGGCCCGUCAAUACACUCUUAUUUUAAUGUCAAACUGAAAACUGUUCUAUAUGAUGAUAUUUAUCUCUUUUAGUGUAAAAAAUGCAUUUGGAUUUCUCCAUGGAUUUCAUAAAAUCCGUACAAAUGGGUAAAUUGAGCUUUUUGAGGUUGGAAAUUGCAUGUGGCACUCAAGGCUUUUUGUCUUGACAUGUUUGAAUUUUAUUUCCCCCUUUCUGCAUAUUUUAGGCUUACAUUUCUCACAUCCUGAAAGUAUGAAAACACUUUCUGUUCACUUUAUUUAUAUCUAAGAGUUCCUUGUGAUUUUACUUGGUUACAUGUACAUAUAAAAUGCUUUAUAUCAUGUUAUGCUUUAACACUUGUUCUACAUUUUUUAAAAACAAAUAAUCAAGCCAUGAAAAUCUCAGUAUCUUUAACCAUUCUAUAUUUAUGUGGAAAAGUCCAACAUUUUGUUGCAUAUGCAUAAAAUGAUUAUUGGCACUGGCUAGGGGAACAUGUUUUCGGAUAGAAAAUAAAUAUGAGAAAGUAAUUGUAGGAUACAGAAUCAUUCUACACCGAGCAAAAUGUAUACAUAAACACUGGGAACUGUAGCCAGUUUCCUUGUCAGUUAAUGUGAUGUAUUCAUUUAAUGCCAAUUAAAAAGUUCAGUGGAAAUGGGACAUGUGGCUCUACUGCUUUCAUCCAAUUAAUACAGCAAAAUUAACAUCGGAAGCCAGGUCCUUGGAGGACUCCAAGAACAGACUAUUUUUAAGACAUGAGAUUGAUUAGGGGAUAAAAACAAGUGUAACAAUGAAAAUAGAAAUCAACUCUUUAUUGUCAUUCAUAAAAGAUCAUAAGUACAAUCAAGUCAUUGUAUGAAAUUGAAAACAUUAAACAUUCUCAGUGGAAGAAAUUUUUUGUUUUUUGUUUUUUGUUGCUUGCUGUAGAUUUGCAUAAACAUAUAGUGUUUCCAGUAACACUCCCCAACCAAACAGACCCGACUAUAAAAAAACUAAACCAACCCGUCAGGGGGACAAAAGAAAGAAACGAGAAAGGAAGAAUUUGGUCAUUCUGCUUGUAAAAUGCCUCAGAAUGGAAGAGAGGGGCUCGAUUAGCGUCAGCAGAAACAUGAUAUUGACAAUACAGUGAUGGUCCUCUGGAUACAGCAUCCAACACAGUGCUACCAGGGUUUCCAAACACACAGCCUCACCCUACACUCAGCAUGAGCAGACCUGCAUACAAAUACGAACCCAUAUCGGGUUCAGAUAUCCUUUAGUUACCCACUCUUCCUUAUAAGUUAACCAUGCAAAAACAUAAAAAAGUGUAUGCAUAUAUGUAGACCACUCUAGAUGUAUCAUCUUUAACAGUACCUUUAAUAAAUACUGUACUUUUCAUAUUGUAUAAAGAAUUUAUUUUAGGAAGGCUGACAGGCACCAUGUGUUUAAUGACAAAUUUUCAUAAAGAUGCAAAGUAGAUCAGAUUACACAUUUACUAUUUAAGGCCACAAAGGUUUUGAUUUGGAGUUGUAAUUCUAUCAUCUUGAUUUUAGAGUACUUCAUUUCUCUUCAGAAAAUGGUUAAAAUCAAAUACAAAAUGGCAAAGUGAUCACAAGCU